AAUAGCUUCGGGUUUACUUCCCCAAUUGGUAGCUUUUGUUUCAUCAUUUCUCUAUAUAUACAUCUUUACUCUCAAACUCCUCCAACCUCAUAUCAUUCUUGUUUGAAUCCUUCAAUCUUCAUCAUGGCAUUCGAAUACCAGGAGGAGCACGUGAGGAACUCAAGAGGAACAUUGCUUUUCACUUGCAGAUGGUUGCCUUUCUCUUCUCCAAAGGCUCUUGUUUUCCUAUGCCACGGUUAUGGCAUGGAGUGCAGUGGAUUCAUGAAAGAAUGUGGAACCAGGCUAGCCGCGGCUGGAUAUGCGGUGUUCGGGAUCGACUACGAAGGACAUGGAAGGUCCAAGGGUGCUCGAUGUUACAUUAAGAAGUUCGAGAACAUAGUUAACGACUGCAGUGACUUUUUCAAGUCCAUCUGUGGUCAGGAAGAAUACAGGGACAAGAGCAGAUUCUUGUAUGGUGAGUCAAUGGGAGGUGCAGUGGCCUUAUUGCUUCAUAAAAAGGACCCUUCCUUUUGGCACGGUGCUGUUCUUGUUGCUCCCAUGUGUAAGAUAUCGGAGAAAGUGAAGCCGCACCCGGUGGUGGUGAACAUAUUGACUAAAAUGGAAGAAAUUAUACCUAAAUGGAAGAUAGUACCCACAAAAGACGUCAUCAAUUCGGCAUUCAAGGACCCUAUUAAGCGAGAACUGAUAAGGAACAAUAAGUUGAUAUACCAAGACAAGCCUAGGCUUAAAACCGCACUCGAAAUGCUCCGAACCAGCAUCAGCCUUGAAGAUGGUUUAAAUGAGGUGAUACUCCCCUUCUUUGUUUUGCAUGGGGAAGCCGAUAUAGUAACGGACCCUGAAGUAAGCAAGGCAUUGCACGAGAAAGCGAGCAGCCGUGACAAAACAAUCAAGCUGUAUCCUGGGAUGUGGCAUGGUUUGACAUCGGGAGAGCCUGAUGAAAACAUAGAGAUCAUUUUCGCAGACAUUACGGCUUGGCUCGACAAGCGAUGCGAUGCCGUAACUUUCGAGCAGAUGCUUUGCCCGUUGAACGUAGGGUUGGAAAAGUUAGAUAAUACGACCAAAUCAAUGGCCGCGACGAGCCGUAGAAUGCAAUCGAAUGGUAAGUAUUUGUGUGGAUUGAAGGGAUUUCGCAUGCAACAUCGCUCGGCAAUGUAGCUUAAUAGUAAUAUUAGAUUAUAGCUACUGUCAAUGUAUAUUUCUGAUCUGGACUUUUAU